CCCUGGGGCGGGCCCUGGGGACGUGUCAGGGGCGUGGCCGAGGCGGGGCUGGAGCGGGUGUAUUGGUUCAGAGCCGCCUCCAGCCGGCUCAGAGACCCGAGUCUGCCUGGAACCUGUGACAGGUUCCCUCAUUUCGCUGUCAUGUCGCUCACGCAGCGCGCGCCGCAGGUUUCGGAACUCGGGGAGCCUGCCUCCUCUUUACCACCUUCUGAAGACCCUGAUUCCCUACCACCCCGUAGUAAGAGGCCCCGUCUUGAGGAGACCGGUGGUGUUUCUGAGGUGGGGUGGAGGCUGCCUUUGGUGCCUUGCUUGUCUGAGGUGGAAAAAGUCUGGGAGUUGUCGCUCAGACCCCUCAAAGAGCUCAUGAUUUCAACUGAGGAGAUUUUUGGUAACGCCAAAAACUCGUGUGUGAAGAAAUCUGUCAGUGGGAAACAGAUAUAUAAUCCGGAAGGCCAAAAUAGCAAAUUUGAGAUGGAUAGUUGUUUGCGGUCUCUACCCUCACAAAAUUUUGCUUCUGGUGUGAAGGCUUCUAGAACGUGUUGCGAACCAGGGCUGUAUGACAGAGAGAUGUUUAGUGUGCAUUGCACUGAUAGAUUUGAAACAGAGACUGGUCAGCUGUCCCACGUCUCUGUACACGAUGUACAUGUAAUUAAAAACGAGGAUGGAAAACAAUAUUUAGUUCAAGAGAGAGACAAUAGUCAGGAAGACAAUAAUGACGUAAAACUGACAGAAAAUCCAUUUUUAGAUAUCACAUUUUACAAGGAGACCAAAUCAACAUUUCAUGAUAUUAAGAACAGAUGUAAAGCUGGUAGUGUUAUGCCAUCAAAUAAAAAAGAAAAUAGCAUUCCAGCAUCUACGCUAAAAAUAUCAAAAUCUCAAAACCGGCCCAGCAUGGAAAUUGUCAAACCUAGCUAUUUUAGAGAUAAGAGUACAACAAGUAUCCCUGAGUUUCCAACUGAUUUAAAUAGCAAAAUGUCCUCUGUCUAUUUAAAGGAAAUAAGGAAGAAAAAUGACAAAAAUGAGGCAUAUGUUAGGGAUUUCACAAACACUCACUGGUCCCAAAAUAGACCUGAUGUUAAGAAGCAAAAGUUACAGAAUGAUGAAAAAAUUGUGGAUGCAGAAAAUAUUUUUUCUGAGUGUUGUGAAAGUAACCACCAGUCACUCAGCAACCAAAGUGUUUGUGUGAGAAAAAAAGACUUGAUCAGUUUACACUACUAUAAUCACAGUAGUAUCAAGUCUGAUGCAAUAGACUCUGCAAAGAAUCUCACUAUAAAACUAGAAAAUGCAAAUUGCAAGGAGACAGAAACAUGCCUGUACAGCUACAUAUUUACCAGAUUGGAAAAACUGCAAAGCUGGGAUUGUAACAUUAUAUAUAUUUUGAGAAAAAAUAGGGAAAAUAGUUGGACUGUGGAUAGUUACAAGGUGAAAUAUGAAAAUAUGAAACAAGCUGGAGAAAUACUGAAUUUGCAACAAUUAUUAGAAAUAGAUCUAAGUAAAAGAAAUUAUCACAAUAUGAAAGUCAUGAAAACACAUGAUGAAAAAGCAAAGCCUCUCAUGACAGAAACACUGGGUAGUCAGAAAGCUUUAAAGCAAAUUUUUUGCUUAAAAGAUAAAGGAGAAAAAGAUAAUAUGCUACACUUCAGAUAUUAUAGCACACAAAAAGAUUUUCAUUUAAGCAGCAAUUUUGAAAGUUUCAUUACAGAAAUAUUUUAUUUCCAUGAAAAUAUUUCAGGAAAUCAAAAAGAUAAUAUCUUAACCUGGUAUGGAAUUUUGAAGUGUAAAAAGCAAAUUGAUGUUCAAAAUCUAAUAACUGAGACUAUGAAUGUCAGUAUAAAUAAUGAUAUUUCAAGCAUAUGUUUACAAACCAAUGUUUUGGACCCUCUAAAUAUUAUAUUGAAAACCAGCAUAACUUCUUUGCUCAAUGACUUUGUCUCUUUUACAAUAGUUGAAAAUGACUGUAAAUUAGAAGAGGGAUGCAUUUUCAAAUGGAUAAAGUGUUUGAAUUAUCCAAAAAAUAUCACAUUGGAAAAUCAUACUGUAUGUUCAGUCAGGAUUUUAACUUUUUCAAGACUAUUAGAAAAUAAUAUGAAACCUAAGUUAAAGAAAAGAAAGCUAUUUAAAAGUGAACAAAGUUUUGAAGAGCCUAAGAAAAAACUUACCAAUUCCUUCAGUAUGACAAGUAAAAACAUAUACUUUCCAAUUUUUGAAACAUUUAAAAAAAUUCCUCUUUUAAUGGACUUUGAUGACAUUGAUGAAAUUUUUCCAACAAAAGAAAUUAGUGACAAGAAUAAGAAUUGUCCUGAACGAGUCAUGAGUGUGGAAAAUUGGAUUCACUGUAGCUCUAAAACUAAUAAAACACAUGUUAGGUCUUGUUCUCAAUUUACACAGAACUGGAAAUAUAUUAACAAAAAAACUUAUGAAUUAAAUGUGCAGAAUCAAGAUUUAUAUGCUGAAGAAAAGCAAAAGCAUAAUAAGAUCAGUAGUUUUAAUUUUAACUACAUAUUUAAAGAUUUCUUCAAUCCUAGGCAACAGGCUAUACAGGCAAGCCAUGACAAAAAGCAUAGUGAACAAACCAAUCCCAUGACUGUAACUCAGGUGCUAGAUUUUGGGAACUUGAUAAAUGAAAUUGAAGAUAAAAAAUACGACUUAACUUUGAAGGAGGAAGGAAAAAUCACAGCACAAAAUUUAACAAAACUUUGCCAAGGUCAUGAAAAUGUUAAGACAGAAAAAGAAGAAAAAAAUAGUUUUUAUUCAAUGGAUGACAUGUUUAUUGUGCAACCAGUUUCAUUAAUGACUAAAUUGGAUGUGGAAGAGACUAAAUACGUUAAUCAAAGUAAUAUAGUUGACAGAAAUGAAUAUGAGAGUGUUUUUCAAGAAAGUAGGUUAGCUAAUUCAAAGCAUUUUCAUCCAAAGAAUGACUCUUCAGAAUGUUUUAAUCAUCAGUUUGAAACUCAUUUGAGUGUAGGGAACAAUGAAUGUUUUCAGGACUUAACUGCCAAGUGUUUAUCGACAAACAUUCUGACACUAGCAAACAAUUUUGAAAUGAAGAGUAAAUUUAAUUUAGUGCUUGAAGAACUUCGUAUGUUUCAUGAAAUUAGUAAGGAAAAUGAAAUUCUAAGCACUGUGGAAACCAACAAUAGACAAGAAAAUUACUUUGUAGAAAAAAAUGCUGUUGAGGAGGUAAAAAUGGAGAUAAAAAAAGGUUUGAAAAUGGGUACAGAAAACAAAUUAUGUUCAUCUUCUUUGCUUGGUGAUAUGAUAACAAGUCCUAAUAUGCGUAAAAAACACCAGAGUUUAUUUAAGUGGAAAACAGUACCCAAAAAUGGUGAACAGGAAGUUCCUAAUGAUUGCUGCCUAAGAACACCAGAGGAAGAAUUACUUUAUUCUACUUCUAAGGAAGGUUGUGAAAAUCCUUCACCUGAAAGACCAACUUUUUUCUCUGAUGAAUUUAAGGAAGAAAAAUGUAAUUAUCUACUGAAGGCAGGUAGCAGUUUUUCAUAUGGAAUUUCAAGAGUACUACCUCUUAAGACAUGCGGUCGACCAAUCAGGAUUGGAUUGUCAAGAAAAGCUAAGCUUAAACAACUUCAUCCCUAUCUGAAAUGA